AUGUCUACCUUCAGUUAUAGCUAUAAGAAGUACACCGCUACCAAACGUAGUGCAAACGAUGAAAACGCAAAUGGUCCACUGGCUGCUAAACGCAGCGCACCUCUCCAUCCUCAAACGCAUAAUGCAGAGACUUUGACCAGUGGAAAAAGGCUUAAAUUUGAUCCAGCAGCCAAAUUAUUUAUUGGCAAUCUGUCGUGGGAUACUACCUUAGAAUCCUUGGCACAUUAUUUCUCUUCCUUUGGUAAACUUAUGGAUGCUAAGAUUAUUAAAGAUCAUGACACAGGCAAUUCCAAAGGCUUUGCAUUUGUGACUUAUUCGUCAGCAGAAGAAGCUCUCCAUUGUCGCAAAUGGUGUGCCAUGAAUUAUCCGAGGUUAGAUGGAAGGAAUAUUUACGUUAGUGCUGUAGAGUGGCAACCUAAAGCGCUACGUGAUGCAAAGAGAGAAGAGAAAAGAAAAGCCAAAGAAGCAGAAAAUUCUGUAGGCCCCACGUUGCAAUGGGAGUUUAAAUGGUCUUCUGAUAAAGAUGCUGAGGUACAUGGCCCCUACGAUACUAGAACUAUGCUAAAUUGGAGUAAAGCUGGUUACUUUACGCGCGAAGCUUUUGUCCGACAAGUCGAUUUUAAUUCCAUAUCUGAUUGGAUUGCUGCACAAGAUAAUGAUAAUAAUGGUGUCGAUGAUAGUGCCAAUGUUUUAUCGGAGAAAACAGAGAAGCAAAUACCUGGACUCGUUGCAUACAGCGAUGAAGAUUCUGAUAGUGAAAAUGAUACCGCCAGUGUAGAAAGGGAAAACGAUAAAGAAAAAGAAAUUUCAACUGUUGCCUUGGACAAAGCAGAGGACGAAUCAAAACAGGGACGUGCGAAUCCAUCGGAAAAUUUCCAAGAUGAUGAUGAAGAAAAUUUUUCCGUGCCUAAUAGACUCGAAUUUAUACCCAUUUCGGAGAUAGACUUUACAAUGUAUCCUUAA